AUGACAGCGCAUGCCUCUCUCUGUCUCUCCGCCCUCAGCAGGAGCAGGUUGCGUCAAACACGCUCCUCUCCUCAUUUGCUGCUGUGCGCUUCUCGUCUCCAUCACAGGAGCGCGGACAGGAUGGAGGCCCUGUUGAACGAGUGGCUGUGGCAGGAGGAGCGGUGGCUUCCUCCUGGCUUCCGCUGGCAGGACAUUGAGAUGAAGGACGACGAGGGCCGCUUUCCUCUACCCAGGGAUCUCAUCUACACCUUACCACUGGCCUUCGCCUUUAUAGCCCUCAGAUAUGUGUUUGAGAGGCUCAUCGGCGUCCCGUUAAGCAAACAUUUAGGUGUGAAGGACCGGAUUCGGAUUCGAGCCGCUUCCAUCCCAAAGCUGGAGACCUUCUACAAACAGAACAGUCGGCAACCAUCGCAAAAUGAGGUGGGGAGCCUGGGGAAGCAGUCUGGACUCUCCCAAAGAAAGAUCCAGACCUGGUUCAGACACAGAAGGAACCAGGACCGACCCAGCAACACCAAAAAGUUCUGCGAGGCCUCCUGGCGUUUUGUCUUCUACCUCGCAUCGUUCACUGCAGGGCUCGGCUCUUUAAUUAAUACUCCGUGGUUCUGGGAUCACAGAGAGUGUUGGAGGGGUUAUCCCAAACAGGCCGUGGCCGAGGCUCAUUACUGGUAUUACAUCUUGGAGUUGGGCUUCUAUAUGUCGCUGCUUCUGUGCGUCUCUGUGGAUGUCAAGCGAAAAGACUUCAAGGAGCAGGUAAUUCAUCACAUCGCCACCAUAUUCCUCAUCGGUUUCUCCUACUGUGCCAACUAUGUGAGGGUUGGCACUCUGGUGAUGCUGGUGCACGACUCUUCUGACUUCCUUCUCGAGUCUGCCAAGAUGUUUCACUAUGCCGGCUGGACGAGAACAUGCGACUCGCUGUUUGUCGUCUUCUCUCUGGUGUUCCUGGUGACGAGGCUGGUGGUGUUUCCUGGCAGAAUUGUCCACACAACCUUGGUGCUGUCUCGAGAAUUCUUCAAGCCCUUCUUUGGUUAUUAUUUCCUCAAUGCGCUGCUGUUGGUGCUGCAAGCACUGCACAUCUUCUGGGCUUAUCUCAUCCUACGCAUGGUCUACAAGUUUGUGUUCAUGGGCAAGGUGGAGCGUGAUGAACGUAGCGAUGAGGAAAGUGAGUUGGACGAUAAAGAGGAGGAGCCUGAGGAAGAAGGGGACGAGUGCAGCUGGGAGCAAAGAAAGGGCACAAUCAACUCCAAACUGGCAUCGCUGGCUAACAACUGUGUCCUGAACAACCUGACCAACCAGAGGAAUAUAAACAGCAGACUGCCCAAAGCUAGAUAGUGGAGCAGCCUCACUGGAAAAAUACAUUAUUUCCCCUUCCGCCUAUUGGAGAUGAACUAAUUUCUGACAUAUACAUACACAUGGUUUGUGUACAUCCAACACGGUCCAUUGAUGAUUUCCGAACAGGAUACGUCUGCAUCCUGCUCAUCUUCAAAAAAAAGAGGGAUAAGAAAAAGCACAGAUGAUUGUAAAUCUGCCCACCCAGCGUGAGAUUAGGAAGAAACGCCAUCAUUACUGUCACCUAUACCACUGCAUACUAUAAAGAUAUAUUUGGCAAAACAAGAAGUCAGGAAGUUUCCUUUACAACAAAUGAUCAUGUGUUGUUGCAGAUUUUGUAUUUAUGCUGAUUCUUUUCAUUGUAUUAUAAUAGCUUGUUUGUAAACACAUAAGGAUACAAGUACUGUGCUAUAAUGCAUAUAUUCUUUCUUUGGUCAACAAGAAGGAAAACUAUAUGUUUUUUACACAAAAUCAAACUGUUCCAAUUAACAUGUGGUUAAACAGAGCAAACUAAAGCUAGAAUUUAAUAGUAAUUCACUCCUACAGCUUCGUAUUCACAUACACGGUAUGGUUGAUUGUACAUAGACUAUUAAGAAUACUGAUUGUAGUAAAUCUGUUGAUAAACCACUUUAUAUAUCUAUUUUUUAUGAACCAUUUAUUCAGCAGGUAAUUUUUAUGUUGUUGUGAUCUGUGACAGAAUCUAAAAGGCUACUGCAGAAGUCCUUUAGUGAUGAUGAAGUUAUAUUUUUCUGUAAUAGGAUUUGAUUUUGUCAGUUACGUUGAAGCUCACUUCUUAAAAGAGACACGGCGCCCCCUGGUGCACAAAGAAGAGCAUAGUCUUGUAGAGAAAGCAAUGAUGCCUUUACAGAAAAAUGUACUGCUACAAGAAAUAUGGACUUAAACCAUAUGUGUGUGAGUGCGUGUGUGUGUGUGUGUGUUUCUUUUUCUACUUUGAAUAUCAUUGUGACAGGCAGCAUGAUUUCUCAAUGAGGUUUUUGUUAAGGUUUGCUCUACUGGACUUUAGUUUUGUGCCUUGGCUGCUGUUUUUACACUAUUCUGUGGCAAACACUCGAUAUUAAACCCUGUAGGAUUACCUUCACUGGACAGGUUUUACUGUGACUGGUUUUAAUGUUUUGCUUGAAAUGUUGGUGAGGCUGUCAGUGAAUAAGUAAGCCAUGAAAAGUACGCACACAGAUGGGCAUUAGUGAAUUGUGAGAUAUUUUAUUAUAGUGAAGUUGUCUACAAAGGUCAAAUGCUUUAUGGCUCACAUGAAUUGUAAAGAUUUAAUGAUUUUUAUAAAGGCUGAUGGCAUAUUUUGAUAUGACUAGACUGGCUCUGCUACUUUACUAGUAGGAACAAGAGAUCAUUUGGAUGUAAUGUGUAUUUAAACAGUGAAAGUCAUGGCUCAGUGUCUGUAAACAUUUUACAGACUUGGCUCCAGGUUACAUCAUCAACAGUAUACAGUAUACAUACAGUAACAUCAUAAACUACAGUACAAUCAUACACAAUAGGUCAUUCACUAAUCACUACCAAAAAGAGGUGUUACAUUUUCACAGUUUAGUGAGGGCAAAUCUUUAGAGUAGAAACUGGGUCAUGUCUGUCUUUGAACGGGGGCUUAAUAGCACUGUGGCACACAACACAAGUUGGGAUUCAACGAGUUGUAGAGCACUGUAGGGCUGAUCCACUGAAUAACGCACUCAUGACCCUCGCUAGAAUAUUGUUGUUUUUUUAAAUUAGGAAUAGAUACAGAACCGGGAGAAAUGUCAUAUUUCCAGGAAAGUAACACGUGACUGUUCUCUUAUGAGUGCACAGGGAUGUUUUGUUGAUGGUGUGGCCAGUUGGAAAGUUUUAAUAAAUUACUUACAUUGAA